AUGAAGGUUGGCAUCAACCUCAACCUCAUCUAUACAUGCAGCCAUUACACUUCAGCAAAGAGCUACUCAGUCCAGUUUGAGUUUCAACGGCAAUUCAUUCAGAUCGCCUACCUUCCCUAUUCAGCUAGUCCAACAUGCCCCUCAUCAAUGAGUCCCAUGACUCUCUCCCUUGUAGGUCUCGUCCCUACUAGCGAACUCUCUCCUUCUCUUCUAAUAAUCAACUCUUCCCUAGAUAUCGAUGCGGAACCUUCCGCCCAUGCUCGAGCUAAUGCCCAGAAGCUCAUCGCCUCAGAGCUUCCUGCUGACUAUUUGUCGACGAUUCAUCCUUCCAUCCCCGCAUUCCCCGAACCCCAGUUUUCCCCCCUCAUGCAACAGGAGGUCGAACGGAAGGCUGCUGGAUUACCCUUGACCGGUGGAGUUGACCUUUCACGCUAUGAGGCUCCUGAGCCGCCAACCAGGUCAUCGGAGGCGGGACCAAAUGCGACCCCCAAUCUUGAUGAGUGGCGCCAAGCCUUGCAGAAGGCCUACACGGCCAGUUCCCAUUUGUCCAUGAGGCGGGAUAACCUGACGCUCCUGGAAGAAAAUGGCAAAAACGCGUGGCUGAUUGGCAACUCUCAACUGGAGGAUGUCUUACGAGAACUUGAGAAGGAAUUGGCUGAAACCAAGGAAGCUGCGGAGACGGUGAACAAGCAAAGGAAGAUCGCUCAAGAGUCUAGCAAAGGAGAACUUGCGGGGUUGGAAGAAACAUGGAAGAGAGGCGUUGGUGCGAUUCUCGAUGUUGAGUUGGCUUCGGAGAACGUGCGAAUGCAAAUCUUGGAGCAGCGACGUCAGCUUGCACAACAGCACGCUCGGUAG